AUGGGAGAUAUGCUGUGUGUGAACGCUGUCAGACCAGGAUGCAGCAGCUGCUGUUCAGAGAGAAGGGGCUCCCAACAAAUCCAAGGCCUUCAGCACAUGGAAGCAGUGACUACAGCAGAGCUGUAAGAUGUAACCAGAGCAUCCCUUUCUCUACCGUCGCAGCCCCUGCAGCUCCACACCCUCCAGAGCUGGAGGUACAGGACACAGUGACCUGGGAGUUACACUGAUUCUUUCCAGGAGCAGGAUGUUCUGGAGAGAUUCAAAUGGCUGAAACAAGGCAUCCCAUUUGGAGCUGCCACAUCCUAUGUACAUCUAGAGAAGCUGUGUGAAGGAUCCUGUGCAACCGUGUACAAGGGGAUCAGCAGGAUCAACAGCCGGUUGGUGGCACUGAAAGUGAUCAAGCUGGAGGCAGAGGAGGGAGUGCCCUUUACAGCCAUUCGGGAAGCUUCUAUUCUCAAGUGUUUGAAACAUGCCAACAUUGUACUGCUUCAUGACAUUAUCCAGACCAAGGAGACACUAACAUUUGUCUUAGAGUACAUGCACACAGAUCUAGCACAGUACAUGGGCCAGCAUCCUGGAGGACUCCAUUCAUGCAAUGUUAUGCUCUUCAUGUUCCAGCUUUUGCGUGGCCUGGCUUACAUCCACCAACAACACAUUCUUCACCGAGAUCUGAAACCCCAGAACUUGCUCAUCAGUUGCCUCGGUGAGCUCAAAUUAGCCGACUUUGGCCUUGCUCGUGCCCAGUCCAUCCCCAGACAGACAUACUCCUCUGAAGUUGUGACACUGUGGUACCGCCCUCCUGAUGUGCUGCUUGGAGCUACAGCUUAUUCUUCUGAUAUAGAUAUCUGGAGUGCAGGCUGUAUAUUUGUGGAAAUGUUCCAGGGUCAGCCAAUAUUUGCAGCAACUUCUGGUACUCACGAACAGCUGGAGAAGAUCUGGGCGGUGUUGGGGGUCCCAACUGAAGACACCUGGCCAGGACUUUCCAAGCUGCCCAACUAUAACCCAGAACUGGUUGCUUCCAGGAGACCUCAGAGACUCCGAGUCAUCUGUGACAGGAUGAGCAGGGUGCCAGCAGCAGAGAAUUUGGCCUCCAGGAUGCUCACAGCCUUCCCUGGAGGCCGAAUCUCUGCACAAGACGCACUUCUUCAUGGCUUCUUCAGCCCCCUGCCUCCUCAGCUCUAUCAGGUUCCUGCUGGACAAUCAGUGCUCACAGUUCCAGGGGUGAGACUGCAACCUGAAAUCUGUGACCUGUUUGCUUCUUACCGAAAAGGCCGUGUCUCAGGAGAUUCGAGCAGGUUUUGGUAGAAAUCAUGGAUGACUGAAUAAUCCUUGGAAAGCAAUGUCAGAAGGAUUGACUUGGCAACGAAGAUGUAACAGCACAGUCUGGACACUGGACUUGCAGAAUAUACUCAGCCAUGUGUCACUUAAUAGAGAGCUCCCUGGACCAGAAGAUCGAUGUACAAACAGGACAGAUGGGGACUGACAAUUGAAAGAAUGUAGAGGCUCAUCCAAGGCUUACAGAGACCUGUCAUUCCUGG